AUGGGUGACAAUUUCGACCUCGUCUCCCACUGGGACGAACUCGACCGCUGCGGCACAGGCAGCACCUCACGCUCCGACUGUGAGCGGGGGCUGUUCAACUUCAACCUCGCCCUCUACUACUGCUCCACCUACCCGUCGCUCCUCGGCCAUCGGCGGCCGUGGGUGCUCGUUAGCUUGGGCUGGACCAGCCGCAUGAUGGGGCGAUACGACCAGGCCCAAAUCUACUUGCAGCAGGCAAUGGACGAGCUCAAACAUGAACGCGACGAUUACGUCUACGAAGAAUUUGAAGGGGACACGGUUGCAAGCAGGCACAGCCGGUGGACCUUCGCGUGGGCGGAGCUCGCGAUGACGAUGCAGUUGAUGGGAAGGUUGGAGGAGGCGGGGAAGGCGUGGAAGGAGAUCUACGAGAUGGCCAAGACGGGCUGGACAGAUUUCCAUGAAGGGGACGGCACGGAUGGGCACUGGGUGGGGGCGUAUAGCAGGUUGGAGUGCAUGUGUAGGGCGGUGGGAAACAUGGGGGUCGUCAGUUAUUUGCUGGCCGUGGAGAUGUUGGAGUCCAUUGAGGGAGUGAGCGAUGGAGGAGAAGCGACAGACGGGGCAAGAGAAGAGGCGAGAAGAUUGUUAGGAAUCGCGGUUGAGAACCUAACGGAGAGAAUAAAGUUGGCGCUUGAGAUCAGAGCAGGGUAUGAUGACUUGGAUGAUAAACUGUGGGUCGAGGAGGAGGAUGAACUGGUGCGGAAGAAGCAUCAAGCCAGGGCCUGGCAGAUCAUCGGGCGCUACCUCCAGGAGCUUGUUUACGCGGGCGUUGAUCUGAACUGCUUGGACGAGCGCGCCUACAACGCAAUGAAUCAUGCUGUGUUUGUCGGCGACACCCGAGCGGAAUCCAUCCUCGCUGCAGGUCUAAAGUCCCAAUUUGGGGGCGACGAGCAGAAAGUGACCUUGGUACAAGACCGUGCCAGGUUGCGGAAGGGUUACCGUGAGAUUUUCCAGGAGAAGCUGCGUCCUAUCCUACUGCAUCUCCGUCCAGCCAGUCCACACAGGUUACGAUGUUUAUAUGCAGAGGCGCUUGACGCAGACGCGGACAAGCAACGGUUGUUUGAUCGGCUCAAGUAUCUUCCGUAUGCUGACUUCAGCUUUGGAAGGUUGCCCAGGUCCAGUGAUCGGUUACAUAAACCAUUUACACCUGCCACAGACGACGGAAAAUACAUCAUCUUCAUUUCGUACAGGUGGAUCAACAAGGAUCCAAACCCUCAAUCACCAGAUGAUGCUAAUAAUACGCAGUAUAAGCGAAUGCUUGAUGCGGUAGAGUUGUUUUUGCAGAAUCGUCCAGAGGUGGAAAAAGAGAAGCUGUGUAUAUGGAUGGACUUCGCCUGUGUCGACCAAGACAAUCCCAGUGCUGGCGUCGCCGCACUCCCUAUGAUCAUCGCCCAAUGCAAUGCCGUCAUCAGCCUGCUAGACGACGAAUACUACGAACGUGCGUGGUGUUCAGUGGAAGCAAUGAUAAUCCAAAAGAUCAAAAAGAAAUACCCCGGCUACUUGUGGUAUGAGCAUGUCUCUCUUCCUGCAUCAGAGAUACCUCUAUCUGAUGAUUAUGAUGAUGGUGAUGAUGAUGAUGGUGAUGAUGAUGAUGGUGAUGAUGAUGAUAUCGAGGGCAAACGUCUGGACACCAACCGGCAGGUCAGAAGGUGGAUUUUGCGAAGGACGUUCGCGACUAUGGUCUUUUUCAUGAUGUCCAGGAAGUUGAGCAAGGAGAGUGAUCGGCCGAUGGUGAUGUUUCUGGCGGCGCAGACCCAGUUUUUGUGA